AUGCCUCUGAUUCCCGCCGUCCAACUCAGAACCAUCAGCACUAAUAUCUUCACCGCCAUCGGUCUCAAAGCGGACAAAGCCCAAACGAUCGCGAAUCUACUCAUCGAGUCCAAUCUCGCCGGACACGAUUCACACGGCGUCUUGCGCCUGCCGCAGUACGUUCUGAGCAUCCAGAGUAAGGCAAUCGAUCCAGACGUGGAAAUUGAGAUUGUCAGCGAAACCCCUUCCAGCGCGGUCAUCGAUGGGCAUAGAGGAUUGGGACAAUUCAUAGCCACGCAAGCGAUGGAAAUCGCCAUCGCAAAAGCGAAAGCACACACCAUCAGCACAGUAAAUGUCUACAACUGCAACCACAUUGGGCGUCUUGCUGAUUAUGUGAUGAUGGCAGCCGAAGCGAAGAUGGUCGGUAUGCUGUUUCUCAACGGACAUGGCGGGGACCACGGCGUUGCACCGUGGGGCGGCACCGAUCGGCGACUCAGCACCAAUCCCUUUGCGUGCGCCCUCCCUACAGGGAAGGACAGUCCGAUGGUCAUCGAUCUCACCACGAGCAUUGUUGCUGGCGGGAAAAUUCGGGCGUAUCGCAGUCGUGGCGAACCGUUGCCAGAGGGCUGGAUCCUCGAUGCCGAUGGGGUUCCAAGCACCGAUCCCAACGCAUACCUCGAAGAUCCGCAAGGUCCACUACUCCCCUUCGGCGACAUUGCGGGCCACAAAGGUUACGGGUUAAGCCUGUUGACAGAUAUUCUCGCCGGCGCGAUGUGCGAAGCUGGCUGCAGCCGCUCAUCACCGCCCGGUGCCGGUAACGCCUUCUUUAUUAUCGUCAUCGACAUUGAGAAAUUCAUAGCACUUGCGGAUUUUGAAGCCCACGUUGCACAGAUGAUAGAUUUCGUCAAAGCCUCUCCAACCGCCCCCGGCUUCGACGAAAUCUCGAUUCCCGGUGAACGCUCCGCACGCACCCGCCAACAACGGUUGGCAGAAGGCAUCCCACUCGAUGAUACAACGUGGGAACGUCUCGUCGAAACCGCUCAAAGUGUUGGGGUUUCUGUCUAG